CGUCACUCUCUUUCUCGAUCUCUCCCCUUCCCGUGUGUAUGUGUGCUUGAAUGAUGGAAGAUGAACUGUGUGGAGAUUAUGGAGUAAUUAAAGUAGUAUUAUGGAAGACAGAGAUUGUGUUUUUUUUUUUUUUGAAGGAAUUUAACAUUAAAGAUUCCGAAGUCGGUUCCAUAUACCCCAUGUGGUACUACUUGGACUAUCCUGAUAACGUUAAAUUGCUGGAGGAUUAUACAUCACAGGCACUUAAGAAGUACAACAAAGAAAAUGGCACUACAUAUGAGUUUGAUAAGAUUAUCAAGGUUAAUGGAGAAGGCUGUAGAGACAGAAUUUACUAUAUAACCCUUUCGGUCAAGAAUGGCAAGGAGAAAUAUUUUCAAGUUAAGAUGGUGACACGUCUUCUAAGGAAAUCUUUGAAGUUCCCAUCAUCAGGCCAACCAAGGUGAAGGAUUUUGACGGCAUAUAGUGGAUGUGAAGGCUCAUGGUUUAGUUUCUAGUAACUACUAGUGUGAAAAGUAGAAAGAACUACUGUGGCUGACCUUUUGUUAUAAUUUAAUGUAAAAGUAGAAAGAUUGCUCUUUUAAGUUAAAGAUGGUAUUGUGUUGUUC